UUCUCCUCAGCAUCAGCGCCAUCUUUGUCUUCUGUGCUCUUGUAGCCACUUGGCCUGCUGUCUGUUUAAUUUUGUUGUUUUAAUUGAGGUGAAUUUAUUAAAAGUUAUCCACUUUAUCAACGAUGGCGUCUUCAUUCCGGUAUAAUAAAAGGAUGACGAAUAUUAAUGAAAACGAUUGUACAAUAGAAUAUGUUCAAAUUGAUGGACUUGCUGUUAUGAAAAUCGUUAAGCAUUGCCAUGAAGAAUGUUCUGGUAAUUUGGAUAUAGCACAAGGUGCCCUUCUAGGAUUAGUUGUGGAAAAUAGGUUAGAAAUCACCAAUUGCUUUCCGUUUCCUAAAUCCUACGAUGACGAAAACUGGGAUGAAGAGGAGUAUCAAUUGGACAUGAUGAGGAAGCUGAGGAAAGUGAAUGUUGACCAUUAUCACGUAGGCUGGUAUCAGAGCUCGGAUGUUGGUGGAUUCCUCAGCCAAUUACUACUGGAAUCACAGUACCAUUAUCAAACUUCUAUUGAAGAAUCUGUUGUAUUGCUCUACGAUACCCAGAAGACAGCUAGAGGAUUCCUGACAUUGAAAGCAUACAGGAUGACGCCGCAGGCGAUCAAGAUGUACAAAGAGAACGAGUUCACGCCGGAAGCACUUAGGCAAUGCAAAGUCGGCUACGAGAACCUGAUGAUGGAAGUGCCAGUCGUCAUCAGGAACUCCCCUCUCACCAACAUCCUGCUCGGUGAACUGCAGGAGAUGAUCCCCCCUCAGCAGGGAUCGAACUUUUUGGAUCUAGGAACCGCGAGUGUGCUGGAAGGCCAACUUCGCAGCCUGAUGGAUCGCGUGGAUGACUUGAACCAGGAAGCCAUUAAAUUCAACCGCUAUCAGCAGCAAGUUGUGCGCCAGGCACAGGACAAGCAUCGCUACAUGGCCAAGAGGGCGCAAGAGAACGCGGCACGCCAAGCGAAGGACGAACCGCCCCUGCCCGAAGAGGACAUGAACAAGCUGUUCCGUCCCAUUCCAGUGUUGCCACGUCUGGCGCCUAUGAUCAUGGCCGGGCAGGUGGAUGCCUACAGCCAGCACAUCUCGCAGUUCUGCUCGCAGUCGCUCGCUAAGCUCUAUGUCAUGCAGUCGCUGCAGAAGGAUAAGGAGCAGUGAACCUAUUAAUAUCAAAUAAUAACCAAAAAAAGUGUCAGCCUUUUUCAAAUAAAUAUCGUGGAAAAUUAA